AUGAACACUGGGACAAGUGCUUGGCCAUCGACAAGUUCGGCAGCAGCCAGUUCAGCGCAGCAACCUGGCCACCCUGACAUGGCUCAAAAGGUAUCCGAAAUCUUUAUGAAAGCUGGUGAGGCAUUUCAAGAGCUUGGCUCGCUUGUCGCUGUUUUACAGUCCAAAGAUGAUAAUGAAAGGUUGCAUGUAAAUUGUAGGAAAUGGACGGAAACGUAUACGGAUAAUUUACAUGACGCAUUAUCACGUUUUGCAACCGAUUUGCGACGCAUCAGUGCCUCGGUACAGGAAAGAGAAAUGUAA